AUGUCUACAGCUAGAACGUCGCUCUUUGGCCGCCAGGCCUGGCGAUCGAUCUACGAGUCGCUCGACUUUUUCGGUACAAAGAUAUCAUCGAGGCCGACUACGACAUGCCGAUCCGGUAUAAAUCAUCACAGCACGAUACCUGGACGAUCAACGAAUUAUUCAUCAUGGUCCUUUCCGAGAACCCCGAAAGUGCAAGGAUAUAAUGUCCGAAGAAGCUUCACCUCUGGAGGCCUGCUGCUUGUUGGCGUCAACCCGACCUCCUCUACGACGAGCGCAGUAGUGUCUACAUGCACAUCUGCCGCUGACUCUUCAAUGAUCAGUGGCACGACACAGAAAUCAGAUUUAUUAAGGCUUGCGCGGCAAGCAUGGACAAGAGAUAUCCACACUGGGAGGGGUAGGCGGCGGCAUGGCGCGGUUUCGCGAAGGCGAAAGUCUACCAAGUCGAGUAGCAACUCUACAAAAGCUACGGCGGCGGCAUCACAGGCCAAACAAGAGUCUGAAAGCGCUUCGGUAGCAUCCAAGCCAGAAGACAAGCCGCAGGCCGAAUCAGAACAUCACAACUAUAUUGCCAAUUAUUUUCAUCUCCCGAAUGUCCACCUGCCUCAUCGACCGACAAAAGAGGAAUUCUUGGCCGCUGCCAAUGGGUUCUGGGCACGCAUGAGUGUUCGUUUCAAGUGGUUUUCCAUUAGAAGCAUGCGUCCAUGGAAUACAGACGAGUGGGGAGCCUUUUUAUCCUUUUUCCUCUUUGGACAUUUGGUGUGGAUCUUGGUUGGUACGACGACAUUCGUAUCUCUACUUCUCCUCUUUAUCAACACGGUCUCUGCACAAGAAUGGUUGGCCAAAAAGGUUGGUGAUUACUUGACAGAGUCGGCUGGCUUGACGGUCAUUUUCGAGUCUGCCAUUGUUCCCAAAUGGAAAGAUGGAGUCAUCUCGUUUAGAAAUGUCUACGUUUCCCGAAGACCGGGUCAGACCAAGUCUACAGUCAGCAAAGGUUCGCCCUCGACCGCUGCAGCUGCCGCAGCUGCGGAAAACGAAAAGAAGGAGAUUACCGAGGAAGACGACGGCAACUAUACACAAUUCGACGUAUCACUGAGCACGGUCAAUGUGACAUUGUCUUUUGCAAAGUGGUGGAACGGAACGGGACCACUCAAGGAUGUGGAAAUCAAGGGCGUUCGCGGUGUGAUUGACAGGACAUCGGUACAUUGGUCUGAUGCCAAUGUCGAUCCCCUUUCUUACCGACACGAGCACAACCCUGGCGAUUUCGAAAUCGAGUCGUUUAAAUUGGAGGAUCUUCUUGUCACGAUUCACCAACCCGGAGGUUUCCGCCCCUUUUCUGUGAGCAUCUACUCCAUGGAGCUUCCUCAAUUGCGGAAGCAAUUCAUGUUCUACGACCUUCUCUCCGCCAACCACAUGUCGGGCUCUUAUGACGGCUCGCUCUUUACCAUUCACCCCCGCCAAGUCCACGGAGUUGCAGCUGGCCAGGAAAGAGCUGCAAAUGAUUUCGGAGAGCCCAAUGCUUGGAAAAAGUUUAGUCGUUGUCGAAUCGACGGGCUCAAAAUUGAUCAUUUGAACAAGGGCGACCAAGGACCAUUUGGAUGGAUCUAUGAAGGCAAUGUCGACAUUGUAGCCGAUAUUGCUUUCCCUACGGAUGACGAGGACAGCAUUUUUGAAGUCGUGUCUGACUUUUACGAUCGCUUGGAAGAAGCCGUCACGACCAAUCGCUAUCUACAGAUUCUCGACAGGACAAAGCGCCGUGUCAAGGAGGACGGAGAGGAUGCCCUGCGAAGUGGCACGUUUGAAGACGCGGCACAGGUCCCCAUUGUCAGUGAGGCAGAUCCCGCAGCUAAACCUGCUACCCCAGACCCUGAAAGUGGAUCGCCUUCAUCAGUGCCAAGCUCUACUGAUGAUGAGCCACCACGCUACCUGGUCAUGGAUCUGCGCAUCCACAUGAACGAUGUCAAGGCUACCGUCCCCGUCUUUGAUUCGUCCCUGGGCUAUAUUAACCAGGCCCUCGUUCGACCCAUUGUUGCUUACAUCAACGCCAAAAAGACAUAUAUACCCAUCGGGUGCCGUAUAGUUAAGCGUGCUUCCGACUUUGAUGGGGCUUGGUCAUUGUACGACUGCGGUCUUAUGAAUGACAUGUCAGCAGAAGUGUACGAUGCCUUUGCGCGCGACGUCGAAGACCAACAGAGUCGGUCCAGACGACUCAAGAAGGUUGGCUUCUGGACUUUGAGUCUGGCAGCCCACGCCUUGUUUAUGGGCAUGGCCGGUAAUGUCGUGUAA